UGACGUACUUGAUCUUGAGAUGAACAGACAAAGAAGAGAAACAGAAAAACAGAAGAGGGCUGGAGACAGAGGACAGUGGGCCAGUAAAAGAGAAUAUAUUCUGGUUGUUGCAGGAAAUGUGGUCGGUCUGGGCAACGUGUGGAGAUUCCCUUACCUCUGCUACAAGAACGGUGGAGGUGCCUUUCUGGUACCGUAUGGUCUGCUAGCUGUGGUGGUUGGGAUACCUCUGUUCCUACUGGAGAGUUCAGUUGGUCAGUACACUCAGGAAGGAUUCAUCACCUGCUGGAGGAAAAUGUGUCCACUGGCACAAGGAAUUGGAUAUGGAAAUAUUAUAAUGAAACUGUAUGACUUCAGCUACAUUAUAAUCCAAGUCUGGGCUCUCCUCUACCUGGUGUUCUCGUUCAGAUCCCAGCUCCCCUGGGCCAGCUGUGAGAACACCUGGAAUACAGCGAAUUGUAUGGGUAUUCAGAUGUUUGAUUCUCUGACAAAUCAGACUGUGCUGAUAAACACCACCUCUGCUGCUACCGAGUUCUGGGAACGGCGAGUGCUCGGCAUGUCUGGAGGCAUUGAGGAUCUGGGCAGUGUGAAAUGGGAGCUGGCUUUGUGUCUUCUGGCCAGCUGGAUUUUCUGCUACUUUAGUAUCUGGAAAGGUGUCAGGUCCUCUGGAAAGGUAGCGUAUUUCACAGCCCCGUUCCCCUACGUGAUGCUCCUGAUCCUACUCAUUAGAGGUUUGACUCUACCUGGAGCUUGGGAUGGGAUCUACUACUACCUGUAUCCAGACCUGACCCGCCUGGCAAACCUUGAGGUCUGGAUAGAAGCAGGAUCUCAAAUAUUGUUUUCCUUCAGCCUGACUGCAGGGAGUCUAAAUGUCCUGGGCAGCUAUAAUGAGUACAACAACAACUGUUACAAGGACUGUUUCUGUCUCUGUCUGCUGAACAGUGGGACCAGUUUUGUUGCUGGAUUUGUUGUCUUCUCUGUUCUUGGAUUCAUGGCUCACGAACAGGGUGUUACUGUCGACAAUGUGGCUGAGUCAGGUCCAGGUUUGGCUUUCAUUGUUUACCCUCAAGCAACAGCUAUGAUGCCUUUGCCACAGUUCUGGACAGUCUGCUUCUUCCUGAUGCUUAUUCUACUGACUGUUGACACACAUUUUGUGAUUGUGGAGAGUUCUAUCACCACAGUGAGCGAUUUGUUUCCGAAAUGGUUUCGUGCACCAGUGAGGCACGAGAUCUUUGUCCUCAUCAUCUGUGUAUCCAGCUUCCUCAUACAUCUUACCCUGGUUACUGAGGGAGGAAUUUACAUAUUCCAACUCAUUGACUUCUACGGCUCUACCAGAGUCUGUCAGAAUUUUAUUGCUAUUUGUGAAUGCCUGGCAGUGGGCUGGAUUUUUGGUGCUGACCGCUUUUCUAACAUCAUUGAGGACAUGACAGGACAGAGACCGUCUGUUUUCUUCAAGCUGUGCUGGAAAUACAUAAUUCCUCUGCUGUCAUUGAUUUCCUUUAUCCUCUACCUGGUUGAUUACAAACACCUCAAGAUUAAUGACUGGUACACUUACCCUGACUGGGCGUACGCACUAGGAUGGACCAUGACACUCUCCUCUGUUCUCAUGGUGCCAUUGUGGGCAGCUGGACAGAUGUGUUUGACAGCAGGGACCUUCAAACAGCGUUUGUCCGUUCUUUGUCGUCCUGCUGAAGAUCUAGCCUGGCAGAGGAGAAACAUUGGAGAGGAGGGAGCAACUGUUGAACUGACGACGUCAGCAGUUACAACUUAGUGUGACCUGCAAAGUCAUAUUAACUGAACAUAACAGCUAUCAUAGUGUAUAAUCUUAUUGUAAUCAAUGUAGCUCUAGCUGUAUGUAGCUGUCAUCUUGAUCUCUGGAAAGUUGUGAUGGGUGUUUCUCUGUGUUUGUUUUGACAUCUUGAGUUAAUGGGCAAUCUGAUGAAUAAUUAUAAUACUUCUUUCCAAAUCUGCACUUUGGUCUGGGUCUUUAUUUACUACAUUACUACUCACAUUUUGAAGUAUGGGUUGAACCUACCCACUGCACUAUUUAUAGAGUUCACAUGCUGGUCUGAUACAAGGCUUGGAUUGUUAAAAUUAAAAUGUAUGUUCUUAAUAUCUGUUUAGAAAGCUGUAUCACUGAGUGAAUAUGGUCCCAUUAAAAUAAAAUGUGCUAAUGAGUAAUUGCAUUUAAAUAAAACUGAAUGAACUGUUUGAGUAGA